AAACUUUACAGAGGUGAGGAGUGAGGGGAAGAAGGGAGUAGCUGUGCUGGAGGAGGACUGUGGAUAUGGAUGCACUAGCACUAGAGGCCACUGGUGGUAAAAAGCAGGCCAAUGGGAUGGUGUUGGCGACAGCUGUCCCUAUACCAGUGCCAGCCCCAGUAAAACGCAAACCUGCAAAAAAAGCUAAAAAAGCUGUUGUUUUCUUCGAGGUGGAGAUACUGGACGCCAAGACCAAGGACAAGCUCUGCUUCCUGGACAAGGUCGAGCCAAAUGCCACCAUUGGGGAGAUCAAGUCUAUGUUCCACAAGAGCCAUCCUCAGUGGUAUCCAGCCAGACAGUCCAUUCGCCUUGACCCGAAGGGCAAGUCUCUGAAAGAUGAGGACGUUCUGCAGCAUCUUCCUGUUGGAACCACAGCCACCUUCUACUUCAGAGACCUGGGAGCACAGAUCAGCUGGGUCACAGUCUUUCUGACAGAGUAUACCGGCCCGUUGGUCAUCUAUUUGAUGUUCUACUUCAGAGUACCCUUCAUCUACGCCCCUAAAUACGACUUUACCACCAGUAAACACUGGGUCGUACAUCUCGCUUGUAUGUGUCACUCGUUCCACUACGUGAAGAGGCUGCUGGAGACGCUGUUUGUCCAUCGCUUCUCUCAUGGGACAAUGCCAUUACGCAACAUCUUUAAGAACUGUACCUACUACUGGGGCUUUGCAGCAUGGAUGGCCUAUUAUAUUAACCACCCGCUGUACACACCACCCACCUAUGGGGAGCAGCAGAUCCGACUGGCCCUCAUCGUAUUCUUGUUCUGUCAGAUCGGCAAUUUUUCCAUUCACAUUGCUCUACGGAACCUCCGUCCACCAGGUUCUAAGACCAGAAAGAUUCCUUAUCCCACCAAAAACCCCUUCACCUGGAUCUUCCUGCUGGUCUCCUGCCCCAACUACACCUAUGAGCUGGGCUCCUGGCUUGGCUUCACUCUAAUGACCCAGUGCCUGCCGGUGGCCUUCUUCACCCUGGUGGGUUUCAUCCAGAUGACUGUGUGGGCCAAGGGGAAGCACCGCAGCUACCUGAAGGAGUUCCGUGACUACCCACCUCUCCGUUCACCGAUCCUGCCCUUCAUCCUGUAGAGGAAGACCCUCCUUCACCCAUUCAAGCGCUCCCUGUUCUUAGGAGUAAAGUGGAACCCACCCUCUCCUCUACCCUUCAGCCCCAACUGAGAGGAUUACCCCCCCAUUAGUGAACUGACAGAAAGAGCCCAACCCUGUCUCUCCUCCUUUUUCUACCCCUAUAAUCGUCUGUCUGAUCUGUCAUGUUGAGUGAAACUGUAAAGAUCUAAACUUGCUUUUUUUAUCGCAUACAAACCCAUUCUGAUUGGUUAUUCAUGUUCUUAGAACAGUCUUGGCUAUCAAGCUUCUGCAUGAUAUGCUAAAGAAAAAAACUCUGGUGUCAACAAUAUUACCUACACUAAUAAUAUUCCAAUAACACUGGCGUCUUUGGGCUGAAUCUACAUCUGGUGAUAUUCUGCAAAACUGUAACUGUUGAGUGUGAUAUCCAUUGAUCUAAAUCCAUUUAAUUUUGUUGUCUGCAAUAAUUUAUUAAAAAAGGUAAAUCAA